AUGGACCGUUGUGAGCAACAUGUACAAGCGAUUCCACUGCAGCGCCUUAACACACGUGAAGAAAACCAGAGGCAACGACAGCUGCGACAUGUCUUUGAUAAGUACGAUACGGAUUCCGAUGGGUUUCUGAACAUAACCGAGAUGAAGCGCCUUAUAAACGAAAGAAAGUGCCCCGAUAUGCCAAAGGAUUUGGCGAAUCAUCUGCUAAAAGUGUCCGAUACAAACAAUGAUGGGCGUCUGGAUUUCGCCGAGUUUUACAAGCUCAGUAUAGAGCAUCCGUUCUUUUUUGGCGAAAUGUACCUCAAGUAUUGUAAAGCGGUAGUCCCCAGACGAAACGUGGAUGUAGCUGGGGACGUAUUAGAUGGCGAAUACGAAUCAAGCAUGAAACUAUGGCCUCCGCCGUUAAUGAUGAUCAUUUUUUCCAUAUUGGAGGUAAUCUUCUUCGUCAUCGAUAUUGUAAAAACGCAAGAUCAUAAUGGCACUAGUACUAAUGGGCCGAUGGCGACCUUGUUUAUCUACAAUCCACACCUCAGACACGAGGCGUGGCGUUUCUUAACGUACAUGUUUGUACAUAUCGGAUUCAUGCAUCUCGUAAUGAACUUGCUGGUGCAAAUCUUGCUGGGCAUUGCGCUAGAAUUGGUACACUGUUGGUGGCGUGUGGCACUGGUAUAUCUUGCAGGGGUCAUUGCCGGUUCCAUGGGUACCUCUUUAUUCACACCACGUGUGUUUCUCGCUGGUGCUUCCGGUGGCGUUUACGCGCUUAUCACAGCUCACAUUUCAACGAUUAUUAUGAACUGGAAACAAAUGGAAUAUGCCAUCAUUCAGCUAUUUGUAUUUUUGGUGUUUUGCGUUACCGAUUUGGGAGUCUCCAUAUACAACAGUAUUAACGAUCCAUUCGAUAAGGUGGGCUACAUUGCACACGCCAGUGGUGCCGUAGCGGGUUUUCUUGUUGGAAUAGGAGUACUACGCAAUCUUAAAGUUGAAUCCUGGGAGCGUAAGCUGUGGUGGUGUGCAGUAACGGUUUACUUCCUACUGAUGAUUGUCGGCAUCAUGUACCAUUUUUUGGAUCCUUCCCAUUUUUACUAG